AUGUUCAAGCAGCCUACGUCGACCACUUCGUCGUCCACCGCGUCGACCCAAACAACUUCGUCGCGUCAGGCAUCUACUUCGACAACGAAUCAGUCAGUUUCCACCUCGGCUUCUGAUUCGAUUUCUGCUCCAGUAUUUUCCGUACCUUCUAUUCCUCUUUCGGAAAGUGCUUCAUUAGUCGUGUCAGCUAUUCGCGAUCUUAGAGCCCAAGCUCCUCCAUCGCAUUUUCAUCUACCAGUUUAUCGCCCUCUUCGCCAUCCACUUUCUGGAGAUUCAUCCUCCACAUUGUACAGAUCUACUCGUCCGCCUACCGUCUUGGAACUUGUCUAUCGCUAUACUCGUGGACAUUAUACGGAUGAAGAGAUCUCGCGCCUUGAAGACGAUCGAACGCAGGACAUCUCCGUUCCGCCACAAGAUCGACUUCCACUUCGCAUCACUCAGGCUCUAACUCAGGCGAUCAACUUCGACACUAUCUUCAGCAUUGAACAUCUUGCUAAUCGCGAUCUGUUCCUUAUUGACGCAUUUCUCCAUCAUUCCUUCUUCUCGUCAAUUCGGGACCAAUUCGUCAACGAAGCUACUAUUCCGUCAGAAUCGGACUUAGACUAUCCGCCAGUCCGUAACUUCUCGCUUGCCCUCGUCGUUAGCCACUUUAAAGGCCUCCAUCAUUCGGUCGAGAGGCUCAAGCAAUUCUCCACGGACCUUGGCAGUAAUCCAGCUUGGUUUCAGUCAGUCGUGAUCCUUCUAGACAAACAUCAGGAACUCGCGACACUCAUUUACAACGUUCAGUCUCAUCGCAACGCCUUCGCCGAUCUCAUCUUGCCUCACGUCUUCAAUCCAAUCGACGAUAACCGCGACUUCGUAGAUCUUCUCGCUCAGUUUCACAUCACGCACUCUAACGUCAUACAUCUACUCGCAUCCGCCACUACCUCCACCUCAUUCGCCUUCACCUACCUUCAGCAAAUCGCCAACGCCAUCAAGUACAACUUGAAUAUCUCCUCCGAAAAGUUCUCCACAAACGAGGAUGAAAUACCAACGACUAAGCAGUUCUUAGGACUAAUUACUCGUGAUCACAACGUCGAAUCGGUUGUCAAGCUACUCCAGGAUACCACGUUAGGCUCAUCGCCUCCAAGUUCUUCUCAGGUAUCCACCAAGUCCAUCGGCACAUCCACGUCGUCGUCAGUAGACACCGUCGUCACAGUAGUCCAGCAACAGCCAAGUCCGCCAACAACAUCGGCACAGACUUCUUCGGAUACUGCUCAGUCUUCUCCUCCGCAGCAACAGGACAAAGACGCUUGCGAUUUCAGACGAUUCCAUCUCGAACUACUACUCGUACGAUUGCGACCCAGGUCCAAUACGUCGCACGUUUCCAUCUAA